UUCAGUUUUUACUACCUUUAACUUCCCUUCAGUGUAUUUUACUGCGAACAAUAUUCUUUUAACUUCACUGUCUGACAAGUUUAAUGUGUUUAUAGAUGAUUUUACCUAAAUCCAGCAUUCAAGCAGGAUCAUUUUAAAAACCAUGAUUUACAGAGUACUUUCCAUCAAGGUAAUAAUCUCACUAUUUAAAUGUGAUGCAGAUCUGUAACACUGAAAUUUAACCACACGGCCAGUAGAUGGCAGCAGAAUUUCUAGUUUAAACUUCCCAGCUUCCACUGCAUGGUCAGCCAGCUCCACUCUGGUUGUACUAAAUCAUCCCUUUUUUUUUCAUCAGAAAGUAAAAAUGGGGUGUGUUGUUUUUCCCUCCCUUUUUCUAGUUUUUGUCCAGAUCCAGGUUUCUGAUUGGUAGCCAGCUUUGGAGUAUUUUUUUCCUCCCUCGCACAACUUUGCCUAUAAAACCUUUGAUGGAUUGAGAGCUUCAUUGUGUGGAAGUGUGCAGCACUGCUCAUUGAUGGGAUUAUUGAAUCAAGAGGAGAAAGACAACUGCGACUCUGGAUUAACUUUGCGCUGGAAUAUCAGUCGUUGAAUUAGAGAUAAAUCUGCGUUCUCUUUCUUUUUUCUAAACUCGAAAAGUUUCUGACGGUUUGUUAAACUUGGGGCUGCUCGUUUUCGCACUAUGGCAAACUCGUGUCUCCAAAUCAGCGGUUUUCUCAUUGGCUUCCUCGGCUGGUUGGGCAUCUUGGUCGCUACAUCCACCAAUGACUGGGUGAUAAUGUGCAAAUACGGUCUGAACACCUGCAAGAAGAUGGAUGAGCUGGGGGCAAAGGGACCCUGGGCAGAUUGCGUUAUCUCCACGGGACUCUACCACUGCUACACACUGACGCAGAUUCUGGAGCUGCCAGGUUGGUCCUGUUUUGUUCUCAGGUUUUACAAGAUUAAUCACUUUCAGGUUUAUUUUGGUCUCUUUUAUUUGUUCCCUUUUUCCAGGUCAAUAAAUAUUUGAUUCUUGUUUGUUUCAUCAGCCUACGUCCAGACGACUCGCGCCCUGAUGAUCACAGGUUCAAUACUGGGGCUCCCUGCCAUAAUAAUGUGCCUCAUGUCCAUGCCCUGCAUCAACCUCGGCAAUGAACCCCAGAGCUCCAAGAACAAGCGCACCAUCCUGGGAGGAGUGCUGAUCCUCAUAGUUGGUAAGCGGCUUCUCUGUACUUCAUUAAAGCUGUGUGAAUCAAAUGCAUUAAUAGGCAUAUUGUAAAAUGUAUUCAGCACUUACGAGUAGGUCAUAUUGUUAUGCAAACAACUAAAUCCCUCCCACUUAGCCUUACUAUGACCUUUUUUAACCCCACUUGAAGUGCUUACUAGCUGCAGAGGGUGGAGAGUGUUGAAUACGACUGUCUUCCUCCCUCUGCUGAACACAUUUCCACAUGUGCUCACUUCUAUCUUCCUGUUCCACUGAACCCAUCCCCCUAGAUCCAAUCACAUUCUUCUCCUACACCUACUCUACUCCACACCCUGCCGCUAUCCUGAACCACAUGGAAACACACUCCCUGUUUGGCCCAGUUUACUGUGCUUAUAAAUAUCAGACAGCAUUUUCCGAAGCCUGUGUCCUUCACAUGAAACCUCUGCACCUGCGUCCACCGCUCCACUUUUCCACCGACCAUGUUUUUUUUAAAUCUUUGUUUUCAUACAUUUUUUUAAACGUGAUGUAUUCUGGAUGCUCAAAGAAAUGUUGUUCCCCAUGUUUUAUGAAGCAUUAGUGGGGAAACUCUCAGUCCAUGUUUUUUUAGAUUCAGUUAUUACCGACUCCCAUGAAGUAAAGCCAUAAUUUAUCUGUGCUCAAAUAUCUGUGCUGGGAUUUAAAUAUUUGUCUAUGACCACGCGGCUCUUUUGUAGUUCAAAGCUAGGCUUAUGUAACACCAUUAAGUCUUGCUGCUAACUAAUAUUAUUGUUCACAUUCCUUCUUCCAGUCAACCCCCUGUGGUCUUUUUAAGAAACACAAAGGAAAACAAAAGUUAAAAGUUCUGCGCUUCAAAACUGUUUUUGCUCUAAACUGCAGCAGGAACACAGACAGACUAUAGGAGGAGAAGUCAAACGGAAACAUUUUCUCCUAUGUAUCUAAUAACCAACUUUAUGGAUGUAUGUUUGAGUUCUUUUUUCAUAGAUAGGACAAAAACAAAGUGUCUCUGUCCAAUUAUGAUUUCUUCUAUAAAGAUGUAGUUUGUCAUAGGAACUCCUGAUGGAUUAAAGGACAGAUCACUUUUUCACAGUUUUAAGUAUUUUUCAAGCUAUCAAUGUAAAUGCGUUGCUAUUUAUCUAUUCCAGACUUGCUCGUGCUAAUUAAGAUGAUUCUUGGAGCUCAGAGCAGCAUUAUGAAACUCUACUUAAAUUCUGCUACUGUCUGAGUCCCAAGUGAACUUAGCAGUGGUGCAGUAUACCUUAAGUUAAUAUGCACCAUUUUGCAGCCCCUCAAUAGCUUUAUAAAAUCAUGGAAAAUUAUGUUUCAUACAUGUUGUGUUUUACAUUGCACACCAUAAUUCCACAUAUUUAUUUCCACAUAAUUGGCUUAGAGUGUAUAGUUUUUAUUUGCACCAUUUUGCUCUUUGAGUUUUAUCAAUUAAUUAGUUGCUUUACAUUUCAUAUUCCUAACUUAGGUUACUAUAGGUUUAUUUGAUUUUGUUAAACUUUUGUGAAGGUUUUCUCUCCUAUUUGAACCAUUUUGCAUCCCGAGUUUCAUUGUGUAACCUUCCCAUCCAUCUAAAAAAUUUAUCAUUCAGAGCCAGUUUUAUGGUUUUUUUGUCCUUAAUUGACUUGACCCUGAGUUGCUCGCUUUUUAUCUAACUUGUUUAUAAAGUUUGCAUUUGUUUGGACCAUUUUGCAUCCCCAUCUUCAUUUUGAGCUGGCCCUUUAUAGAGUCCAUCUAGGCUGUUUGUCAUUUGAGAGCCAGUUUCAUGAUACAUGUUGAGUCUCCCAGUUAUGUAACAUGUAUCCAAAGUUUGCAUUUGUCUUCGCCAUUUUGCAUCCCCAGUUUGACAGCACCUUGUCAUUAUGUUUUACUUGCCCUUUACUGCCAACCGCUCUUUUUUUUAUUUACCCACUUAGUUUGCCUUGAGUUUAAGGUUUGAUUUUGUUUGGUCAUAAAGAAACUUGUAUCUGAGCGUUACGUACUAUCAUAGGCACAGCUCUAACAGUUAAACCAAUUAAUCUGAAUGUUUUCCCCCUCAGGCCUGUGUGGUAUCGUGUCUACCGUCUGGUUCCCCAUUGGCGCUCACCAGGAGCAAGGUCUGAUGUCGUUCGGCUUCUCCCUUUAUGUUGGAUGGAUGGGAACAAUCUUUUCCCUGCUGGGCGGAUCCAUGCUAACCUGUUGCUCCUCAGAUUCCUCCUCAUCACGCUCCUACCAGGACAACAAUCGAUUCUAUUAUUCCAAACAGGGAGGUGGCAACCCACCGACAGCGGCCUCCACUAAUCACGCCAAGAGCGCCCACGUCUGAGACGGGAGAGUUAAUGAGCGCUGUUUGGAUGUAAAGGGGGACUGUAGUUUGUAAAUAGAGACAUUUACAUUUGCAGAAACAUUCCAGCACACAGUUACACAUACACAUGGGGGUGGGAAAAACUCCUAUCACACUCAUUCACAUUUGUUUAGAUAGAUACACGUAUUCUUGAAUGAACACACAAAGGCUUUAUUGUUUGAGCCCUUUUUUUUUGUCCUUGAUGGAUUAUUUUUGUGUAAAGAGAGCUUGUCUUCCAGCCUCCUCAUGUUGGGCGCGGUGUGGACUCUCCCCGCUCUUACAUAAUUUUACAGCAUCGUGAUGAACUGCCUACGCAGCAGCCUGAGGUCUUAAUCACAGAGGCCUUGUGGACUGAGAUAUUGAUCUUUAUACCACUUCUAUUUUUCUAUUUAGAUGCUCCCAGAGAUGAAAUCUUUGAUGAUGAAUCUGUUUUUGUAACCAUAUGAUACCAUGAUCUAUAGUUUGGAUAGGAGCUGGGAAUGAGAGCAUUUUGCUUUGAUUUGAUUGUGUUUGCUAACAUUGUUUAUGUACGCUGGUUUGUCUUUGACAGUCCAGCACAAAUCUAUGGUAAUCUUGCUUUUUUUUUUUUACAGCUACUGCAGGAUAACUGCAGCAUGAAGGGAUCAAAAAUACUGCAAAAUAGCUUGAGACAGCAGUGUGACAGUCUUCAUACAUGUCUCAAAGGCACUGAUAGUACUAUUUCCUCAUCCAAGCACAUUUUAUAAAACUAACUUGCUUCUUUUUUCAUGUUAAGUAACAAAAAGCAGCUUAUCACCUAACUGUGCAAUUAUGACUUUUAAUAAAUAGUAGUUUUAUAAGGUAUCUAUUCAACUGGUGUGUAGCUUAAAGUUUUUAUGCACAAAAAUCAGUAUUAACUCGCUUUUGAAAAAAAUGUGAUGACUUGAAUGUUCAGUAUUCGAAAAGCGUUCUGUGGAGCUUGAUAUUUCCAGUUCAGAUCUGUGGAGAAGCAGUUUUAGCUUAUUUAUUGUUUCACUGAUGUGCUUUUGUGUGAUUUUCUACAAUAAAGAUAAAAUAACUAAAAACAGCCUUUGUCUUAGGUUUGUCACACUCUAAACUUAAUUUAUCAAAAGUUUUCAUUUAUUGUGGUUUGUAGUUUAAGUUUGAAAAGAUCGACAUGAAUUCUGGUCACAUUUGUAUAACUUUCUUUGUCGUUCAGGAAGCACUGUAAUAGAA